UCGAAGCAUGUUGCAGACGCACUCAUGUCUGUUUGUUGUGGUCGCCUGCCUACUCAUAUCGAAAGAUCAGUAGACUAUUAUCUUUUAAAAACAAGUCUUUGUGCAUUUUCAGUCGUUGAAAAUAAACUACCCUGCUUGUAUCCUGAGACACCGUGGGUCGGUUCGGGAUAACUUAUGGAAGAGACGUUUGUUAUCAUGGUUUACAAGGCUAGCUCAUUGAAUGUGUGCUCUAGCUAGUAGUGUAGUUACGUGCUUUUAGACUAGCCAUCAAAGACACAACUCGUCCGUCUGAUCCCUGGUCAAUUGAGCAUGGUACCGAACUCUACGACUGAAUGAUUCUUUAGGAACUCAUCAAAAAAAGCUUUUCUAACAAAAUGUCAGAUUCAGAGGACUCCGGUUCGGAGAUUUUGGAAUGCACGAACAUGCAGCGCGGGGCAAAACUUAUCUACGAGAGAGACGGUCCCUUUGUGGCGCUUCAGCCUCCAGAUGUCAUUUAUGAGAGGUGGAAUAAAAUUCCCAUCAGCGUGAAGAAGAAAGUUGCCGAGUUGAUGAAUGUGGCCGCUUUCUGGUACCAUAUUGUACUAUCACGCCAGGAAUGUAACAGAAUCACCCGUUGGGCUGUGCAAGUGGGCUUUAUAGACUCAAAUGUCAGCAAUGACUUGAGUCUGAAGAAAUUGCAUAAAAUAGAGAUAUUGGAAGCAGUCCUCAGAGCAAUGGAGAAAGGAUCUCUACGAGAUGACCAAACAAGGCACAUGGUCUGGAUAAGCAACAAGUUCAACUUGCACUCUCCGGAUGUCCUUAACGACGCGCUGUUAUGGCUGGAGCGCACGGGAGAGCCCCGUAUCCGCCAGAGAGUCCUGGAGCUGGGCCACCAAGGCAUCGUCUACACCGCCCUGCAGAUGGUCUUCUCAGAGUAUGCCCACCAUACACAAGCCAUGGGGGUUGAUAAGAAGAACAUGAUCAAGGAGCUUAGCAGUGGUCCAAGCCAAUGGUUUAUUGAGAAAAGUGAAGACAUGAAAAGUAAAGGAAAUGAUCACUUUCAAAAGAAGAAAUAUGAGUCGGCUGUCAAGUAUUACACCAAAGCCCUUAAAUAUCACCCUGAAAACCAUAUAAUCUAUGGAAACAGAGCAUUGUGCUAUAUACGCAGUGAGAAAUACCUGAAGGCUGUUGGUGAUGGGAAAAGGGCUACAUUGAUUAAACCGGGAUGGUCAAAGGGUCACUACCGCUUCUGUGAGGCCCUGUUCAACCUUGAGGAGCACAGACGGGCCUUGGACAGCAAUAUAUUGGCCCAAAGCCUGUGUAGGGAGGACACAGAUGGGAUGAGAGACCUCCAACAGCAAUAUGCCAAGUUUUCUAUUGAGAUUGAAGAAAUCAAAGCUGAGAAAAAACAACAAAUCAAGAAGUCCCCAAGUAACAGACCAGAUAGUGCCACCAGAACAGAUUUGGAAGAAGAUAAAUCACAGGGUGUGAAAUCUACAAGCAAGACAGAACCUCAGAGCACCACUAAAGCCCUUCAGAAAAAGAGUCUGGGAGUUGAGAGGGACACUCGGACACAUACAGUGAAGAAUGAAGGGGAUACAUAUUCAGCAGAUACAACUAAUGGGCUUAAAACUAAAACGGAUACUGCUGAUAAAAAGAGUGACAGAUUGGAGCACAACACCACAGAGAAACUCAAAUCUAAGGGCAGAAGCCAGAAGCCAAAGGAGAAGCUGUCCCCUCAGGCGGUUGGCAGCAGCCAGUAUGAGGCAGUGCGGUCUGCCGUGCAGGACGCCUGCGCUGCCCUGACCGACCAGCGCAGCCGCAACGCUGAGCAGGCCUUCUCCAGGGCCCUGGGCGUACUGGCCCUCAGCACAGCCAAGGAUCUCGGUUUGUCAACUAUUGACCAAAUAUUGUUGAUUUAUGGCCGUGCAUUAGCCCUUGUGGAGAUUGGCCAACCUGAGGAACUUGCUGAGGCUGAAAGGGAAUUUGAGAAGAUCAAAUUGUUUGAAGAGAGAACGUUUCAGUGCCUGGUGUAUUUUGGCAUUGGAAAAAUGUAUCUGAAGUGGAACAGAUUUCCAAAAGCUCUGGAACAGUUUUCUUAUUCUUUGCAGAUGGUAAAAAAGCAGAUAACACCUGGUAAACUGUCUUGGCCCACAACAAAGGAUAUUGUUAAAGAUACACAACCAGACUAUUUCAAGGGUAGUCUGGAGACAUCUAUUGAGAUGUGUAAGUUUCCCCCUAAACCAGAUGCAAUUUGCCGGUAUUCCAAUUGUGCUGGCCAUUCAAAACUGGAAAUCUUCUUUACGGAUCCAGAUUUUAAGGGUUUUAUUCGUAUCGUUUGCUGCCAAAAUUGCAUUGUUGAGUACCAUAUCAGCUGUUGGAAGACGGUGAAAACCACCUCCUUCUCUGAUAGGAAUGAAAAGGAAUUCCUGCUGGACAUGUGCUUUACACCUGACUGCAGGGGUGUCAUCUGUAAUAUUCAAAUCUAUGGUUCAACAGGCAUUUUGAAGUGCAAGUUUGAGGCACCUGUCACAAAACCUAUGGGUCCGGUAAAAGUUAAAGUAAAUCAGAAAUGUACUAGUCUCAAGAAGUUGAAGUCCAAAGAGGAUCGUAAACACAGGAGGAAGCAACACAAACAAGCAAACUCUCAGACUCAACCAGACCAGAAUGACCAAACACCUUCGGAGAAGAAUGACAACACCGCAGUGGAGCCUGAAGAGAAAGCUCCCUCCUCUACAUGGCUGCUAUGCAGGGACCACAUCCUCCUGCAGAUCAAUGAGAACCGCAAGCUUCUCCAGGACGAGAACAGCCACAACGUAGCUUCCCUACUGAGGAGCCUGAAGCCAUGGAUAGACCUGGACCACCAGAAGGGCAGCGCGCUGGUGCCAGGGGCCAGAGACAGGCCCAAGCCUGAGAGCCUGUGGGAGGUGGCAGAGCUGCUCCUGGAAAGGAAGAACCGGGUGUGGGGCCGUGUGUUUAUCCAGUCCCUCAGCGGCAGCCGUAACACCAGCCCCAGGCUGAACGACUGGGCCCUUCAGCUGGACAACGCUGGCAUGAAAGCAGCAUGCGUGUUCAUCGAGCGACAUGCUGAACACCUAGAGCAGCUGGACCUGUCCCCCCUGCUGUUGUUCCCCCCGCUACAGGACAUGUUCAUAGAGAAGUUCGGCACUAGGCCCGAGUUUUUCAGCCGUGGGGGCCUGACUGUGACAGAGUACCUGAAGCAGGCCCCGCAUCAAGAGAUGAGACUGUUUAUCUGGACUCUGGAGGAGCACAGAGAGCAAUAUACAUCCUGCCACUCAGUAUUGGAUGAAUAUUUUGAAAUGAUGGAUGGCCUUUGUGUAGUCAUUAGAAAGACAGAGAAUGAAAAUCUAAAUAAUUCUCCUAGUAAGAAUAAAAACAGAAACCGCAAAAGGAAACAAAAAGAACCUAAGAACAUCAUUUACAUGGGAGUCAGAAGUACUAGAGAAGAGGAUGAGGAGGAUUUCUUUGACGAUGAGAAUUCUUUAAUGAUUCUUGACCCUAGUGAUCCAUUUAGUGUACCCAAUCGCCUUCGAGAUCGAGUGGCAGAGUUUGAGGACCAGUAUAACAGCAGUAAUCACAGUACCCUUCAUAAACAGAUACUGACCAACAACAACCCUGACCCUACUAAAGAGAGUUUAUAUGACUACUUUGCCCAGAUCCUGGAGCAGCAUGGCCCUCUGGGGGCCCAGGACCCCCUGCUGGUGGGCCUGCUGGACAGCUUCCCGCCCGAGGCCCAGCAGAAGAUCCAGGAAGCCGGGGGCCUCCAGCCCUUCCUCCUCAGCUCACUGCGCUUCGUCAUGAACGGCGACCUCAUCGGCCUGAUGAAGCAUGCCGUAACCCUGCAGUACACCGCCACCGCACAUCAACAACUCAACCACCUGGACUACAUAGGAGACCCCUCGUACAGGCUGGACUUAAACCCUUCAGCUGGGGAAUUUCACCCCUGUAGUGGGGAUAUGGGAAUGGAUGAUUUUAGCGAGACUGUCAGCUUUGGCGAAGGGAUGACGGCCCCAGUGAGGCAUGAGCCAGUUUUGACAGGCUAUCACCGGCUUCCUUAUAAUCCUCAUAUGUUUUACCCAUGUCCACCUCAGCCUAACACAUAUGUCAGCAGUUUAGCAGGUGCGUUCAGUACCCAAGGAGUAGAUGAAGCUAUGCUUUAUGUUGGGACUAAUGCCUGUACAGCAGGUCAUGAACAGUACCGUGUCAGUGACUGUGGGGAUUUGGACCAGUUUGUUAGCGAGGUGGAUGAAAACAGUGUGUGGGAAACCCUCAUCUCUUCUGGAAGUACAUCGAGGAAGUUGUCUGUUAAAACUGCAGCUGUACAGGCAACCUGUGACUCCAACAAUGAUGUGGCAGUUAAUACAGAACCAUAUGAGCCUUUUGAGAUAAAUAAUGGGGAGAUGAGCAGGAAGGAGAAGGAUAACACUGAGUUCAAGAAACAAAUCCACCAGAUGAAAGAGAACUACAGCUUUGUGAAGCUAAGACGCCAAGAGGAAAUCUCUGGCCUCAAAGAAGAAUAUGACAACAUCAACCAAAACAUAAAGAUCUCCAACAGAGAGCUAGCCCUGUUCCAGAAACAGCUGGAGGAGGAGGUGAAGAAAGAUCAGCAGGAGAAGAGGGACAACCAGGAGACCCUGAAGGCCAUGAAGGCUGAGAUGAAGGAGCUGCUGGAGUCCCAGGAGAGUUUAACCAAAGCCAUCAAAGAGAAGAAGAAGGAGUAUGAGACACAACUGGACAGUUUCUUGGAGUUGAGCAACCAAUCAGCAGGUGAGAAGAUGAGCCUGGAGGACGAGAUCAAGAGAUGCAGAGACCUGUGUUCCAGCACUGCUCUGAGAUCUCACACAUCACAGGUUUUCAUCCUGGAAAGCCAGAAGGGCAGAGGGCUGCGCUGUCUGUUUCGAUCAGUGACUGAUGCCAGGGCCAUCCUGGCUAAACUCCAGGAAGUUGCUCCCAGGUACCCUCCCCAUCUGCUUCAGCCUGCCAUUGAGGCCUGGAGCACCUGUUUGCGUGAGUCUGAGGAGAAGAUCUCCACAACAGAGGCUCAGUAUCAGGAGCAGUUGGAGCAGGUGAAGAAGGGGGCCAGGCUGAACAGCCUGCCCCCCAUCACGAUCCCAUACACCCCCCAGCCUCCACCCAUACCGAUACGCAAUGACCUCUUCCUAAAGUUGCCCCUCCCUGUGCUCCUGCGCCUUCGCUACCCCACCUUCCCCUUCAUCCUGCCCACCAGGCCUCCCCCGGGGCUAGGCUUUCUGCCCAGGCCAGGAGCACACAGCCAGGCAGGGUGUCCAGUCAGAGUAGGCCUCUGGAGACCAGAGCAGUUGCUGCAUCCCACCCAGCAGCUACCUCCCCAUCAGCUGAUCCCACAGCCUUCCUACGGUGGGCCCGUACCCGUCAGGGGCCCUAUGUACCCCCAUCAGAGGCCCCCCAGACCGCCUGCUGUCCAGUCCCCGGCUCCUCGGGAGCAGCCGGGUGGAGCUGGAGUUCUAGCCAGCAGCAGCAGCCAAAGCGUGCCGGCCCAGCACCACACCCAGCCCCAGCACCACGCCCAGGCCAGCCUGCCCAACCAGGGACCCCGGCACCCGGCCCCUCAGCCCAAUGUGUUUGACAAGAUCCUGGAGCGCCUUGGCAACAUGUUCCCUCAUUUCAGCAGACCGGUUCUGAUGAAGUAUGUCCAGGACACGCGCACAGCCAAUGGAGGGGACCUAAACUUCCUGUCCUACCAGGAAGUCGUCAACCGAGUGGCUCAGCUCAUCCUGGACAAGCAGGAGAGCAGCCGGGAUGUGAGUGGUGGGGGCACCCUCCUCGGGGGGCAGGCCCUGGGUGUGACAGCCCUGCGCUCAGCCUCCCCCGCGCCAGCCCGCUCCGCAGACACCCCUCCCCCCGUCUGGAAGAGCCUGGGCUCACACGGACACCAGCAGUCCAAGGCGCUGAACAUGGAGGACCCGUGUAUCAUCUGUCACGAUGACAUGACCCAGGAGAACAUGUGUGUGCUGGAGUGCAGACACAGCUUCCACAGACAGUGUAUCAAGUCUUGGCUGAAGGAGCAGAGCACCUGCCCCACCUGCAGAGAGCACGCCCUCCUGCCUGAAGACUUCCCAAGUCUUCCUGGCAAGCUCCGCAGAGGCCACACUCCCUUCUCCUGAACCAGCCGCUCUGCCUCUGCCCUCCAAGCUCUAUAAUACUGGAACUAAUCCAGAAAAUCCUUAUUCUCAACAUUCUGUUUGCUCUGGAGUCCCUUCUAACAGCCAGUACUUUUUUUUUUUAACUCAUGCUUGUUGCACACAAACAAAUUUGGACCAAAGGCAUUGUUUAUUAUCCUUUCAUCAAGCUUUCCUCUUUCGCACAUAAUUUGGUCUUGUUUUGCCUAUUAGGUGCCACAUCACCCUGGGGUUACCUUUAAUACAUUUUAUUUUGGGAUUGUUUGAAACAAUGGUAUAACAAUUUAUAGGCCUUGCUAACCUUAAAGGUUGAGUUAAUCGUUUAUUUGUUCCAACUUUCAAAGUCUUAAUGCUACUAUGCUUAUAGUAAUAACAUUUGAUGACUAGUUACUUUGUGCUAAGUUUUGGGUAUUUGACAAAUUGCUACCAGACUAAUGUAGGCUUUUAGAAAAUUAAUGUUUAGGGCUGGCUUUACCUUUUUUUUCUCUCAUUGUAAUCAGAUUUAUAUUCACAUUUAAAUUCUAAUUAAUUUUUAAUUAAAAACGUAAUUGUG